CGAUGACAUUGAAUUGAUACAAGCAUUUUCACUUAAAAAUUCUUUUAACUUUGCGAUUUUUACAAGUUAUUUUUUCAAACUAUUGAUUCUCGUGUUGCAAAAUAAAUACGAUUAUUUUUGAGUAUUCUGGAUAAAAAAACAAGAAAAGAGUUUUUUUAACGUAAUUUGAGAGAAACGUAUUGAAGGACCAUUCUAUAGUAAACAAAGAGGCGAAGAAAAAAAUCAUCAUGCAAUCAUCACAGAUCGAGACAAUAUCCAAGCCGAAAGGUGUUUAUAGUAUCGAUCAAAUAUUGGGAAUACACGACGGCCAAAAUAAUAACACAAUGGAUCAUGAAAUCGAGUUGGACAUUGAAAAUGACGACGACUAUUCAUUGACGGGCGAUUUGGAUGUGGUUGAUCAUGACCCAAACGACAUGAGCCGACCACGUAAAAUAAGACGUCGAUCGAGAACAACAUUCUCCACCUUUCAAUUAAAUCAGCUGGAACGAGCAUUUGAAAAAAUACAAUAUCCCGAUGUUUUCACACGCGAAGAAUUGGCUCUUCGAUUGGAAUUGACCGAGGCUCGUGUUCAGGUGUGGUUUCAAAACCGUCGUGCUAAAUUUCGCAAGAAUGAAAAAGACGUGGGCUGUGAUACAUCAUAUAUGCAUGCUGGACAUAAUAGAUUACCUGAAUUUCCAUUAUCAAUUCCACAUAAUAAUUCUACAUUGCGUAAUAUUGCCGCAACCGCUACACAUUCGACCGAAUUUUGGCCGCAACACUUCCCAUUGCAUUCGACAUUCGGGCCAUCGAUGUUGCAUCCGAAUCUAUUGCCAUCAUAUGGAAUGCAUUAUAAUCCCAACAUCAAUGCAUAUCUUACACCAUGGAAUUUAAUAAUCUGAACAUUUCAUUCACUUUCAACUUUAUCUUCACAGAAGGAACCGUUAUUAUUUGCAAUUUAAUUAUAUACCAUGUAAAAUACAAUUACCAACUCCAUUAUAUAUGUAAACACGUAAAUCUA